AAUUUAUAUCGAAAGAGAAAAAUAAAAAUGUCAAGAAAGCCAUGUUGUGUGGGAGAAGGGCUGAAGAAAGGAGCAUGGACCGCCGAAGAAGACAAGAAACUCAUCUCUUACAUUCAUGAACACGGUGAAGGAGGCUGGCGUGACAUCCCCCAAAAAGCUGGACUAAAACGAUGUGGAAAGAGUUGUAGAUUGCGAUGGGCUAACUAUUUGAAACCUGAUAUCAAGAGAGGAGGGUUUAGCUACGAGGAGGAGCAGAUUAUCAUCAUGCUUCACGCCUCUCGCGGCAACAAGUGGUCAGUCAUAGCGAGACAUUUGCCCAAAAGAACAGAUAACGAGAUUAAGAACUACUGGAACACGCAUCUCAAAAAGCGCCUGAUCGAUGAGGGAAUCGAUCCCGUGACCCACAAGCCACUUGCCUAUGAUUCAAACCCGGAAGAGCAAUCGCAAUCGGGUUCCAUCUCUCCAAAGUCUCUUCCUCCUUCAAGCUCCUACAAUGCACCGGAGAUAAGCAGCAGUGAUGAGACACCGAAAUAUGAUGCUUCCUUGAUCUCCAAGAAACGUUGUUUUAAGAGAUCGAGUUCUACAUCAAAACUGUUAAACAAAGUGGCAGCUAGGGCUUCUUCCAUAGGAGAUAUCUUAGCAGCCUCCAUCGAAGGAACCUUGAUCAUCUCUACACCGUUGUCUGCAUGUCUCAAUCAUGACUCUUCCGAAACAAGUCAAUUUCAGAUGGAAGAAUUUGAUCAAUUCUGUCAGUCAUCUGAACACAUAAUUGAUCAUAUGAAAGAAGAUAUCAGCAUCAACAAUUCCGAAUACGAUUUCUCGCAGUUUCUCGAGCAGUUUAGUAACAAUGAAGGCGAAGAAGCUGACAAUAUUGGAGGAGGAUAUAACCAAGAUCUGCUUAUGUCUGAUGUCUCAUCAACAACCGUUGAUGAAGACGACAUGAUGAAGAACAUUACCAGUUGGUCAAAUUAUCUCCUUGACCAUUCCGAUUUUAAUUAUGACACAAACCAAGAUUACGACGACAAGAACUUCAUAUGAUCCGUUGAUUGGUUACCGGACUAGAGUUGACCGGUUAAUGUCAUGGUUCUCUUAGAUAUUUGUCAAGUUAUAGUAAAGGUCCACUAUAGGG